AUGAUUCACUUCCGGCCCGUCAAGCACAACCCUUUCCAUAUUGCACUUGACACGGUGCCAUUUCUGGCUUGGGGUAAGAAGCUGAGCUGUCCUUCGUGUCCCAGUCAAAUGCACUCUAAAAUCGUCGCAGUUUGCCUUCAACGGUUGUUGAGUCGACAAGACGAACAUUUGUUUUGUCGACGAACCCCGAUUUGCAGUCGUUUUCUCCUUCCACCCAUCUUCUCCCAUCGAAUUCGAACCGAACGGAAGUCCGCGCACCCAAUUCUCCUUUUCUCUGUGUUUGCGGCGUGGAUGGCGCCGCACUUCCGCCCCCCGAACACGGUCGUCAUCAGCCCAUCCUCAGGGCUGAUGACGACCGCGGCGGCGGCGCCGCUUGACAACACACACUCCGGCGACACGAGUUCGUCUUCACCGACCACCUGGGAGGUCCUCCGGUGGUUGCGGCUGCACGGAAGAGGUGGGCUGCAGCGGCCUCAACGAACCCACUGUUUGACGCGCAAUGGGUUCGUUGCGGGGCGUGAAGAUCAUGUGGCUGAUCGCUGUGUUAUGACCCUUUUUCUGCUCGACUUCCGUAUGUCAUCAACGCCGUUUUUUGUGCAUUUAGCUCGAACGAUCCAAACAACUUCCCAAUUUCCUUGA